AUGGAAAAAACAUCUUUUUUGAAAAAACGAACUCCGUUUUCUUCUUCAAAAAAUUUGGGAAAAUGUGUAGCAUUAAAAAUUUCAAAAUACACUAGCACGGAAGAGAAAUUAAGUGUAAAUAGAGAAUUGAAAAUACUAGAAUAUUUUGCUGAUAGACCUAAUAUUCCACAAAACUUUAUUAUUGGCAUGCAUGCUCAUGAUACCGUUAACGAGGAAUAUUAUAACGGUCAAAGUAAAAAAAUAUACAGCGAAAAAUAUAUUAUUUUGGAACUAGGUGGUGAAGAUUUAUUGAAAUUUUAUAAUGAGAAAAUUAAUAAAGGAGAUCCUUUGAAUCUUCAAACUAUUAAAGACGAAGUUCUUGUAACCAAAAUUGCUAAAGGAGCUGCUAAAGCACUCAGUCAAUUUAAUGAACAUGCAAUUCAUUUGGACAUUAAACCAACAAAUUUCCUCGUUCACUCUGAAAAUAAUGAUGAGAUUGAAUUUAAACUGAUAGACUUUAACACUUCUUUCCUUAUAAAAGACAAGGAAGAAGAAAACAUUAAUAAAGACAUGGAAGAAGAAAACAUUAAUAUUAACUUGGCGAGGAAAUUCACACCACCGGAAAUUCGAGAUAAUUUUAAAUUGUCAGAAAAAAUUGAUACAUGGCAAUUUGGUAUAAUGUUAUAUGAAUUACAAAAUAAACGAGUCGGUGCAAAAACUCCAACUUAUAGCUUUUUUAAUACUCCGUCAUCAUUGGUUACUAAAUUUUCACACAACUCGCCAAAUAUCCAAGAAAGUAAAAAUGAAAUUAUUGAGACUCCCUCUGCAUCUAUUUUUAAAUAUGAAGAUUUUGACAAGGAAUUAAAUGAUUAUCGUCAGGAUGAGAGUAAAAACAGUCUAGUAGAUCAAGUUAUAAAAGUAAUUAUAAAUUAA